CACAUGACAGUUGUGACAGUGCGUGGGAGGUGACCGGCGCGGCGGGGGGCAGGAACGUCAAGUCGAAUUUCACAAUUUGUACUUGUUUCGUCACAAAUAUUAAUUUACACCCAAAUUUGUGAAGCGUUUAGAGUAUUAGUGGAAUAGUGAGUUUAUAUAACUACCAAGAAACGUUUAGGUGAACGAUUUCAGCCGUCCAAACUCAAGUUAUCCAAGAUGGCAGAGGUGGGGUUCCCCGGGCAGCACACGACGACCACGACGGUCACAUCCAGCACCACGGUGCAGACCAACAUCAGGUUCGACCCGGCCUACGUGCGGACGGCGCCGGGCGUACUCAAAGUCAUUCAAGUUGUGUCUAGCCUGCUGGGUUUCAUCAGUGUGCAAGCCGCUCACUACCAGUACAGGGGAUACGGCUCAUUUUACUCUUGGAUUUCCAUGAUCGCCUUCUGGUUCACCGGCAUCCUACUCGGCCUAUACCUGUUCCACCUUGUGGAGAAAUUCUACAAGAUCCCGUGGCUGAGGAUGGAGCUCGGGUUCUGCGCGCUGUGGGCCUUGUUCUACCUGCUGGCGUCCAGUCUGGUCGUCUCCGUGUACAAUAACGCGGGCUACUCCGCCGCCGCGUUCUUCGGCUACGCGGCGAUGUUCGCAUAUGCCAUCGACGCGUUCCUCAAGCUUCGCGCCGUGCAGGCCGGAGGCCUCGCGCAGGGCACUCGCGUCGUGUCCAAGCAGACCACCUCCGCUGUCACCGUCACCACGCCACCCAGGGAAGGGUAUUAAACUAGUCCACUGUAUGUUAAGCUGUUCUGGUAGUAUUAUUUGCUAGGGAGCAUAUUUAAUUGGCACUAGGUUUCAGGGUACCUAUCCGCCGAUAGGGUCUGUGCGGAAAGAGAAGAGUCGUAUAAUGUAUGGGCUCCCCUACAUUUAACGACUUCUCUUUCCGCACAGACUAACUAUAAUUUGACAAUUAGAUUAGAUCAGCGAUCUCCAAACUGCGACUCGAAAGUGCAUGUGUCAUACAUCCGGGCAACGAAAAGAGUGUAGGCCUGGCUGUGGCCCCCGGGUCAAAAAGAUUGGAACAGAUCAUCAGAUUUCGGCCUCGUAUAAGGUGACGUUUAGGUUCUUUCAACUGCUCGUCGUUAUUUGGGGCCUGUUUACACAUUGAUAAUUGUUUAUUGCGACUUCAUACAUUAGCAAAUGUAUGAACAUUAAACUCGCAUGGUCUUGAUAUUUGACGGUAUCAAAUUUCUAUUAGACGCAUUUCUUCACGCACUGGCUAGUCGAUAUAAAAAAAUAAAUCCUCUUUUUAAUUUUGUCGUUAAAUAUAAUGUAGACCGAAUCAUAUGGAAAAUGUACGAUAAUUUGGAAAGACAAUUUCAAUAUAUUUGAACUAAAUACUUACUGCAUUUAAAAUCAAUUAUGCUGUAUUGGUUAAAGUUAAUUUUCUUUUACUUUAGUGUAUAAGCUAUGCCCUGAACAAAGUAACUAUGAGCUGCAAUGAACAUAUUCUAAAAUGUAAUAAUACUUAUAUUAGUUAGCUAAUUUAUAUAAUUAUAAGGAUAACAAAGAAACCAACUGCAGUCUCUUUAAAGUAUAUGAAAAAUAUUGUAUUUGCUUUUAAUUUCCUCUGUGUGUAUAAUAAAGACAAAUCAGAAAAGAACAUGCAAUUUGUACUGCAGUCGGAUUUAAAACACGAAUUAUGUACUAACAAAUUUAACAUAACGUAUAGGUUAUUUAAUUUUAUAUCGUUCGUUUUAUUUAGCAUUAGAAAGAACUUGAAAGAAGGUAAGCGAUCUUGACUUGUCUGUCUUUUGAAUGAAAAAAACGCUUUUUAAAAAUCAAAACUAUUAUUUAUGAAAGCAGAAGAAUAUAAAUGAUCGCAUUAGAUUCAUAAUUGUUACAUAUUUGCCGUAACUUAUUUUUAAAAUGUGUUUUUCAAUUAAAAGACCCACCAAGAUUGUUUACCUUAUUUCUAAUGCUAAAAAAACGAACUAAAUAUAAGAACAAAAUUGUACUUAAGUAGGUACUGUAUUUUUGUUAAUAUUUUGUGUAUUAUUUAAGUCAAAUUAAAAUAAUAACCAAAGAGUAAUGAAAAUCGAUGUUAUUAUUUAAAUUCCGAAUGUCGUAAUAUCACUGUAUUUUUGUAAACAAUAUUUCUUAUACAUAAAACGCUCAACAAUUUUGGAUUGUAUAUUUGUAUUUUUUUUAUAUUUUUAUUGUAUUUUUCGUACACGCAUUAAAUAAUCAAUAUUUUGAUUCAUAUUUUACUCUUAAAUAGCUAUCAAUUUAUGGGACAAUUUAAAAAAUAUAUUAUAUUUUGUAAUUAAAAAAAUAUAUAUUUAUAUGAUUUUUUUUCAUUAUUUGCACUAUACAGGUUACUUUUGCGGUUAGCUUUAUAAGUUACAUACAUAAGUCAAAACGUUUAUUAAAACACUGACGCCGAAUUGCGAAAAAAUAAUUAAGUAGGUAGCUGUUCUAUAGAAAACAUAUGACAACUGAUACCAUCGUUAAUACUUACAUGUUUACUAUGUGUAUUUUUAAUACAUUGUAAAAUGUAUUGUCACUUUAUUGAACUAUUUUAGUAAAUAACAACGAACUAACGAAACUACCUGCCUUAAUAAACGCUUUACAUUAAUUUUCGAGCUGAAACUAGCUAUAGGAGCAUUCCAUGAAAUUGUCUACUAUUUGUCCCGUACAAACGCGAUUUUCUGAAGAUUUGCAGGUACAAGAGUUUCCUUUUCUAUGACAAAUCGUCAAAAUUAUGCACAGAAAAAGAAUUGGCUACUUUAAAUGCCGAAUAAAAAGUCGCAACACAGGAAAUAAAAUGCGUUUGUACGGGACAGUCCGUGGAAUGCUCCUAUACUGUUUUAGUAUUUACUGUAACAUCUGGUAACAUUAAAAAUAUAUUUUUAUUUAUAGUCUGUCAAGCUUUUCCGCCAGUAGAAAAAAGUGACAAAUUUAAAAAAUGUCGACGCCAAGGGUUAUGUUUAUCGUCCCAUAGAAAAGUUGAAUUUCGGGGCUUUUUCUACUAACAAAGUUGUGUUCCCAUUACCUGUAAUGGGAAUAUAUAGUCUGACAAACCUGUUUAGCAAUAAGAAAAAGCAUUAUAAAGUAGUUUCGUAAUAUGCAUAUAUUACUUAAUAUUUUAUGGUAAAAAUGUACACCACUCUUCUUACUGUUAUUAUUUCCUAUUAUGCAUUUCACACAUGCACAUAAAAUGCAGUUAAGGUAAGGUCUUACUUAAAAGUUAAUUAGUGGACAUUAUGAAUUGAAAUUGAAAUUGAAACCACUUUUCUACCCUACCCACAUAUGUAUUACCUAACCCUUUGCCUAUCUACUUAUGAUUGUUUUAAUGUAAUAAAUUUUUGUUAUAUUAUGAAUUGAUUAAAUAUUUUGCUUUUGUACAACAGCCUAUAGGUAUACUGGAGAGCAAAAUAUGUUUUGCUGCGAGCGCUGAUUGAAUUUUGAACAAGAGAUUUAGAUUACUCUCUAUGGUCUCGAUUUUUAUUUAGAUUCUAGAGGGCAGUGAAAGUAAACUGAAAAAAAAAUAGUUUAUUUUUUAUCAUUGACAUGUUCUCAUGACAUUUUCAUUGACAUGUUUUUAAUUAAUAUUUUUAACUAUUACUAAAUGGUUUGUUUUUUUAUGGACUUUUGAACUGUUAAUCUAUUAACUUGUAUUUUAAAGCAUUUUGUAAUAUAUUCUAGAUAUAAGAUUUCUUACCACCGCAAUCGUCCCAGUACUGUGCCUUAUUUGUUAAAAAUAUUGACAAAUAUCGUGUACAUUUUAGAAAGUUUCUAUCACAUUUUUUAAUAAGCUAUAAAUAAUGUUUAACUAUGGUUAAAAAUUACAUCAAAUACACCACUUUCGAGUCAAAACGGCAUCUUUAUGAUCAUAUCUCUUUCAAGCAAAAAAGAACAUUAAUUACACACGCAUACAGUCCAAAUAAUUUUACCCACUAAAUACAUGUGGUAUGCCUGUUUUAAAUAGUCAAAAUGUUUUGAUUCAUGUAUAGCCUAAAAACAACUCAAUCGUAGAAUAAUUAAGAUUUAUAUUCGGAAGUGGCGUAUCUGCUAUGUUGUAAGUAUAAUAAUCUAUUUUAAUACUAAGAAACAGUUAAAUAUCUCUACUUACGAGCACACAAGCACUCAAUGUUAUCGGACAUAUUUAUUCACGUUGCAUUUCGCAAAUAUCAGUAUUUACACUACUUAUUAUCGAUGUAGCAGUAAAAUACCUUAUAAUGUUGA